UAUUAGCAUUAAUAAAGUGUCUAUAGUGUAAUUGAAGCUUUCUAUUUUAAAAACAUUUCUAUUUUAAAUACUAAUCCGUACACGAUGUCUUAUAAUAUAACUCUAUGAAUUAAAAAUUAAACGACUUUCGAAACAAAAUUUCCAAUAAAUUUUGAAAGAGAGAGGAAAAGAAAAAAGAAAAAAAAAAGGAAAAAAAAAGUCUAUCAAAUAUAGCUUCUUCUCUAAUAAGUUUGUCCUUGCUCAUUAUCAAAAGCUGCUCAUCAACUCUUAUAACAAAAUGGGGAGAGGAAAAAUUGUGAUCAAAAGGAUUGACAAUGCAACGAGUAGACAAGUAACCUUCUCAAAACGAAGAAGUGGAUUGCUUAAGAAAGCUCGAGAAUUAUCAGUCUUGUGCGAUGCAGAAGUUGGAGCAAUUAUCUUUUCUAGCACCGGAAAACUUUAUGACUUUGCAAGCACCAAGAAUAGUGACAUUGAUAUUCUGAAUGCUACUUUCAGCAUGAAAAUGGUGAUUGAAAGAUACAACAAAAUGAAGGAAGAGAACAACCACCAGCUGUCAUCUGCUGCUUCUGAACUUAAGUUUUGGCAAAGGGAGGCAGCAAACUUGAGGCAACAACUGCAAUAUUUACAAGAAAGUCACAGGAAACUUAUGGGACAAGAACUUUCAGGUUUAAGCAUCAAAGACAUGCAGAACUUGGAAACUCAAUUGGAAACAAGCUUGAAAAGUGUAAGAAUGAAAAAGGACCAACUCCUAUCUGAAGAGAUCAGAGAACUUAACCAAAGGGGAGCUAUAAUUCAUCAACACAAUAUUGAGCUAUAUAAGCAAUUAAAUCUCGUGAAACAGCAAAAUUCUGAGCUACAAAAGCAGGUGUGCACAACAGAGGAAACGAAUCAGAUACAGCAACACCCACACAUGUCAUAUAAUGUCAAUAAUGAUUCUCACAUGAACACGGCAAUCAAUCUCCAGCUAAGCCAACCAGAGCAGCACAAUGAUGAAACAUCAGCAAAAAAUAUGAAACUAUGCUUGCAACUACAUUAGCAAAGCUAGUACUGUACAUGUGUCCAGUGUCACACCAAAUGCUAAGCCAAGCAUUACAACAGACAAUUCUACUUGAAUGGGAUGAUGCACGUGAUCAUAGAGAAAAAAGCAUUCAGCAACAUCUACAGGUUUGGUAUGAUUUGGUACAUAGCGAUAAUUUAGUAUAGCAGACCAAUGACCAACAAUAGCUUUCCAUAAUAAAAAAAACAGUAGAUGUGCUUGUUAAAUAUUUUUUUUUUUUUGUAAGGUAUGUAAUUGUUCUUAUGAUGGUGUGUUUCACGAAUUCAAAUGCUUUUAGCUGUAGAGCCUUUUCUUGUGCAAUAAAGAUUAUGAAUCAUUGGAUUGAUCAAUUGAAAAAUUA